UUGCAGUUAAAAGCGGCAGCGUGUAAAGAUCGGCGUGUGAAACAGUCUCGGACUUGAGCGUUAUAUAAUCUACAAUGGAAGAAGACGACCCAUAUGAAAGCUUGCCAGCAUCAUCAACUAUGGUCACCCACAUGGUGGCAGGGGCGGCGGCCGGAGUCAUGGAACACUGUGUUAUGUACCCCGUUGACUGCGUGAAGACUCGGAUGCAGAGUAUUGUGCCUGAUCCCAAUGCCAACUAUCGCAGCCUGGCCGACGGUUUCGUGAAGAUCCUGCGUUAUGAAGGCAUCAAGAACACUGUGCGUGGAAUUAGCGCCAUGGUGGUGGGGGCUGGGCCUGCACAUGCUAUGUACUUCGCCAGCUACGAGAAGAUCAAGUCAACGCUCAGUAAAGGGAAGCAGGGCAACCACUUGGCUAAUGGAGCUGCAGGCUGUGUUGCUACGUUGUUGCAUGAUGCUGUCAUGAAUCCUGCUGAAGUGGUCAAGCAGAGAAUGCAAGUGUAUGGAAGCCCGUACAAGACAUGUGUUGAUUGUGCAAAGACUAUAGUUCAAGAGGAAGGUGCUCGAGCCUUCUAUCGAAGCUUCACAACACAAUUGACUAUGAAUAUUCCUUUCCAAUGCUUGCACUUUAUGACUUACGAAUUUAUGCAAGACUGCCUGAACCAUCAGAGACAGUAUGACCCUCGGAGUCAUGUGAUAUCAGGUGCUUUAGCAGGUGCUGUUGCUGCUGCUGCAACCAUGCCGUUAGACGUUUGCAAAACCCUGCUCAACACGCAGGAGCAGUGCGCUCGGACUAAGAUCUCAUAUGUGAAUGGUAUGGCAGCGGCCUUCAGGACAGUUUACGAGUUUCAAGGAAUCACCGGUUACUUUCGAGGCAUUCAACCGAGAGUGAUCUACCAGAUGCCCUCGACAGCAAUAUCGUGGUCUGUGUACGAGUUCUUCAAGUUCACAAUUUCGAAGAAGCAGAGAGAUGACAGUCACUACCUCUCGUCGCCUGUCAAAUCGAUGCCUGUGCAUGCUGCUACUGCCGCCUCCUCCAGAUGACAUGUGACCUUCGAAAGUCAUUCCAGAGCUGAACAACUGGUAAUGGAGACUAUCCCAUACACACAGCUUCACCUUAAUUUGCCACCAUGUGACCAGCAAUUGUCCAAUCAUAGCCUCUGAUUCUAAACCAUGUAACCUGCAUCUGGCCAAUACUAGCCAUGGAUUGAGUAUCGUCAACCUUGUCGUCCAUCCUAACCUAUGGUCCACAAUUCCUCAAGGAGUGCUUGUCCAUUAUGGCGGAAUUUAUCUAAAAUAUUCCACAGUUUAUACAACUGGUUAUAUUCCACUCAACAUCAACCAUUGACAAUGUUACUGUCAGAGAGUAAAAGCCAAGGAAUCAUCAGGUCAUGUGACUGUUGCCAAGAAACAUGUCAUGUGACCCUGUUACUAAGGUAACUUGAAGUCAUUUGACUAUACAUCGGUGCUGCCUGGGUGUCAGAAGAGAGUCUUUUACACACGAGCAGUGCAAUAAUAUUUUAGUGCUUUAUUCCUCAACUAGAUCUGGUAUUUCCCUUUUGUUGGAAGAAGAACUUUCACAUAAUGGGUAAUUUUAAUGACAUAUCGUCCCGUUGGCAUUUUGCUGAAAGAAGAACUUUUACAAUGUGCCAGGUGUGUUUUAAUUGCAGAAUCCAGUGAGAUGAUUGUGCUGGAUCUAUGUUCCCAAACUAUUCCUGAAGUGAUGAAUAAAUUGUGUGAGUGCGGUGUAUGUGAUUGUGGUAAGAAGAACUUGCCCAGUUCAACCCUGUGAAAGAAGUCCAAAAUGGCUGCCAUUUGUAGAAAGCAGACUUUCUCAGUGUCGGCCAAGGAAGGGGGAUAUUAUGCAUCUGACCUUGGCCUACUAGACGGAAACGUUACCAAUGUGAUGAGAAAAAUGACUGCAUAUGUGGAAAGAUGAACUUUCUCAGUGUUGUCAGUAUUUAUUUACACGAAUCAUGUUGACUGCACAUGUGGAAAGACGAACUUUCUCAGUGUUGGUUGAUCUGAAGAAACUCCAAAGAACAUUGUUUAUCUUUUUCAGUCAUAUUGUUAAAAUUUGAAGAAUGUGAAAAUAAUAUCAAUGCUUGUUGCAGAAUCAGAUCUAUUUGAUUGUUACCAAUUCUGAGGUGCGAGAUGACUCAAUUAUAAAAUAGCUUCCGAUCGAACCCUCUUAGCAAGACAUAGGCAUUGUAGGUUAUUUAUUAGAAAAAGACGUUCAGAUGAACCUAUUUUUUAUUUUGUGAACAAUAUACUCAGCAAGUCAGUUUAGUGAUAAUUGAAGAUGUAUGACCCGUAUGUUGCAUGAUCACUUUCAUGAUUUGUCUUGACAAAUAUUUUACCUUUCUAGUUAUCUAACCAUUUACCAAGACCGAUGACAUUGAUUAGUAUACAGGAAAGUUUUGGGACACUUUGGAAGUUUUUUAUGUUUCAUUUCAUCUCCAAUUGGAACAAACCAGAUAUUUCAUAAUAACUUGUUCAACGAGAUGGGAUUUAAAUUUUGAAUCUGUUUUGUUCUUUUUUUUCAGAAGAUAUUUAGGAAAGGCUAAUGUGCUGCUUUUUUUUCACCCUAAAUAACCAGAACUCCUUGAAUUACCGGUUUCUUCUUCAAGCCCUGGCUACUGGACAUUAUGAUUUCAUUCAGUCUGUCUGCAAUCGUUCAGUUCACAGUGUUAUUAAAUUGGAGUUUAGGAGUUGAUGCAAAUGGCCUGCAUGCCACUUACACCUAGAGUAAUAAAUUAUUUAUUUUUCGAUGGUAAAUAUAAUCUUUCCCUCAUGAUAUCCAAUCUCGUAUAUGGUAGUACUUAAUGGUAAAAGUUGAAGUAUGGUCAUCAAGCUUCAGAUAUUUGUAACUUUGACAUGUAUAUUCCUGGAUAAAUUUACCUUGAUAUCUUUUAACUAAGAAGGCAGGUUAGAUUUAUUAUGUGUUCCAAAAGUAAUCUGCUUG